AUGCUAUCCCAAUUCCAAGCGAGCUACCAGCGCGUGGAGCAAAGCCUGCAGCGGCUUACAGACUCGAUCGCAUCAUACAACCCAUCAGUGCGCGAUGCAGACGAGCUCGUGGCAGCAGAUGAGGCUGUGAAUCGGGACCUUGACCAAUUGGUAACACACCAAUCAAACUACCUCCGCAUACAACAACUCCGCAAAGCCACCGAGGAGAACGACGAGCGCAUCCGCUCCACAAUCAAGCAACUAGCAGACGCGCGCAAAGAACUAUCCUCAAUCCCCUCCAGCAUACCCCCAGACGAACCGCGACAAGAGAUCAAAGUCGACGAGCUCCUAGCCUACGCCAAAUUCAUCAGCCCAACCACCGUCCCGCCCACCUUCCGACGAAAAGACGUCCCCAUCCUCCCCAGCAAGAAAGAACCCGCGCAAGCGCAGAUCUCCAACGGCAUUGCCACCCCACCCGCCGGCGCGCAAGAAAACGGCAACGAACCCUACACGCGCAUCGAGAACGUCGGCACGAAAGCGAUGAGCAAAGAGCAGAAACAGAUGAUGCAGCCGGAACUGCCCUGGGUGCCGUGGCCGGAGCCUGGUGUCAUAGCGAGUGGUGCGCUGGCGGAGAUCCAGCGGAUGGUGGAGAGUGGGCGGGAUCCGGCGAGCGUGUUGACGGCGGAGGAGCAGGCGGAGAGGGAUAGGUUGAAGGGCGAGGAGGAGGAGAGGGAGAGGCUGGCGCAGGAGGAAGCGGAGAAGCGGAGGAUGAGCAUGUUUGAUACUGGGGCGGUGAGGCGGCAGACGUUUACGGAUGUUUUUGAUCCGGAUAAUGAGUAA